ACACGAGCCAAGCCGAAGCGAGGUGGAGUGGAGAAGAGGAUGGCAAUGGCGCCGCUGCACGGUUGCCCCUCCCCCUCGCCCACCCCGACCACCGCCCCUCCCCCUCUCCUCCCUUCCUCUGCCUCCAUCUCCGCCUUCAUCGCCUCCGACCCCGCCCUCACGCUCCUCCACACGCGAUGCGCCUCCAUGGCGCACCUGCGCCAGCUCCACGCCGCGCUCGUCAAGUCCGGCCUCGCCAAGGACCCCAUCGCCGCCAGCCGCGCCGUAUCAUUCUGCGCGGGCCCCGGUCGCGACGUCGCCUACGCGGAGCGCAUCGUGAGGCACCACCCGAGGCCCAACUCCUUCAUGUGGAACACCGUGAUCAGGGCGCUGUCCGACGGGGCCCGCCCGGAGGCCGCCGUGGCGCUGUUCGUCGACAUGCUCGGCUCGCCCACGCCGCCCGAGCGGCGCACGCUCCCGUCAGUGUUCGCGGCGUACGCGCGCCUGGGGCGCGCCGGCGCCGGCGCGGCGCUCCACGGGAUGGCGCUCAAGCUCGGGCUCGCCGGGGACGCGUACGUGCGCAACGCCGCGAUCGCCAUGUACGCGUCGUGCGGCCGCGCGGACGAGGCGCUGGCGCUGUUCGGCCAGUGCCCCGAGUUCGACGUGGUGGCGUGCAACAGCGUGAUCGUGGCACUGUCGAGGGUCGGGCGCGUCGACGAGGCGCGGACGGUGUUCGACGGCAUGCCCGACCGGACCGUCGCGACGUGGAGCGCCAUGGUGAGCGCGUACGCGCGCGCCGCGAGGUGCGGCGAGGCCCUGGUGCUCUUCUCGGCGAUGCAGGCGGGCGGCGUGGAGCCGAACGCCAACGUGCUCGUCAGUGUGCUGGGCUGCUGCGCCAGCCUCGGCGCGCUGGAGCAGGGCGCGUGGGUGCACGCGUACAUAGACCACCACGACGUCGCCAUGAACGCGCUCGUCGUCACCGCCUUGAUCGACAUGUACUGCAAGUGUGGCUCCAUAGACAAGGCUCGCCAGGUGUUCGACACCGCAAGGUCACAGGGCCUGGCCAAGCUGUCCUCUUGGAACUCCAUGAUGCAGGGGCUGGCGGUGCACGGGCAUUGGCAAGAAGCGAUCGCCUUGUUCUCCGAGCUGAAAUCGCACGGCCUGAGCCCCGACAACGUCACCUUCAUCGCGGUCCUAACGGCCUACGGGCACUCCGGCAUGCCCGACGAGGCGAAGGCCGCGUUCGCAUCAAUGGCGACCGAGCACAACGUGAAGCCGGGGAUCGAGCACUACGGCUGCCUCGUCGACGCGCUCGCCCGCGCCGGGCGUCUCCGGGAGGCGGAGGACGCGAUCCUGGCGAUGCCGAUGGCGCCCGACGCGGCCGUCUGGGGCGCGCUGCUCUCCGGGUGCCGACUGCAUGGCGACGCCGAACUGGGCACGCGCGCGGCGCGCGAGGCCGUGCGGUUCGACCCGCGGGACAGCGGCGCGUACGUGCUGGCCGCGAGCGUCGCGGUGCGGGGCGGGGACGGCGGCCGCGCCGCCGCGGGCGUGAGGGGCCGGAUGAGGGAGGCCGGCGUUGGCAAGGUGCCCGGGUGCAGCAUGAUCGAGGUGAACGGCGUCGUGCACGAGUUUGUGAGCUAGUGCGGUGGCAGAGCAUGAUAAAGCUGCACCUACGGCGUACAAGCCUAAUGUAUAAUUGUAUAGUACUAUGGUGGUAAAAGCGUUAAGCGUACAAUUGUACAAAUGCCCUACGGCGUACAUUGCACAGAUGUAACUGUACUCAAUACAGGUUGAGCUCAUAACUGAAACUGCUCAGUAACAGAUGCAAAGCCUGAUUGGGAGUACUGCCCAGCAGCCUAAGAUUGUUCUGAACCAUGUUUUUUUU